AUGCAGGAAGCAAACACUCUCACAGAAACUGGAUCUGUUACGAUACAGGACAAAGACCUAACGAUCUUUAUCACUUUCGCCGCACUUGUGCUUGCCAGCGAGAUCGAAGAUGCUGAACAAAAGAAGAGAGGAGCAGGCAAGGCCAACCCUUUGAACUCAAUUCCGACAGGAGCCCAAAAACCAGAUUAUACUUACAAUAUUUACUCGCAAACCCCAAGUUCGCAGAGCGGUCCCAGUCAAAAUUAUCAGGCUUCAUCCAAUUCCUUCUACCCUAGUCAGUCUGCGAGUCAAUACUAUGCUUCUGGCAAUAAUGCUGAUAUUUCAUCUUCUUACACUUCUCAACCUCAAGUAUCAUCUCAAAACAGUCAAUCACAUUUUGUACCAAUUAAUUUUGUACCGAAUCCAGGUUAUCAAACGAAAUAUCAAUUCGUAUCUCAAAAACCUAAUAGCAAUGUAUUAGCCGUUUUACAACAGCCCAGCGCCAUGUUACAAUACAGUAACGGUUUCUACUCUCCUAAUCCAACUAAUCAUGUCAAUCAAGGCUCUUUAUUAGGUCCCCUUGCCCAUGGACAACUUGGUUUUGGACCAAAUAUUCACCCUCUGUCCUUUCUAAGUCAGCCUACGAUGUUCGUACUCCCUCAGUCUCACGCUUCUUUAUACAAUAAUUUAGUAUAUCCAAAUCAUGCAUCAAAUUUUUACAAUUACUAUCCUUCUACAUCACAAAUAAAGUACAGUUAUACGCCCGGACCACCAAUAUCGCAACCGAGCGAAUAUGAAAAAGUACAAACUUCAAUAUCCCAGAGUAUUUCUAAAGAAGAACAUGGAGCUAUACAAAAUGCUGACUACACAUCUGCCACAAAUGCGAACUCAGCAUAUAACGGUCGUAGUGCAUAUUCUAAAAUU